AAACUUUUUUAACAUAUCAAUGGCACACUCCCAAAGUCCCGAACGGAAGACACACUUGUUUGCGUACUGCUUCUGCCUCAGUUCCUUCCUCUGCAACCACCUCUCCACUCCUCUCUCUCUUUCUCUCUCACUCUGCUUCACGUCUCCCUGCCACCAGCACCUCUUGUCCGCUGUCACCGUCGCCAUCUUCCUGCAGGCUUUGCUGUAAGAAAGAAGGGAAGAAACAAUUAAUCAUGGGUUGGGGUCACAUUGGAAGAAAUGGCAGUGAUGAAGCUGGUCCUAGCAGCACCGUCCCCACAACCACCGAGCCACGGCGGUUCCCGCUGGCUGCUCAGCCGGAGAUGAUGCGUGCUGCUGAGAAGGAUGAGCAGUAUGCCUCUUUCGUCUAUGAAGCCUGCCGCGACGCCUUCCGGCACCUCUUUGGUACAAGGGUUGCUGUUGCUUAUCAAAACGAGACAAAACUCUUGGGACAAAUGUUGUAUUAUGUUCUCACAACAGGAUCAGGGCAGCAGACACUUGGGGAGGAGUACUGUGACAUCACUCAGGUUGCUGGUCCUUAUGGGCUGCCUCCUACCCCUGCAAGGCGUACUCUUUUCAUUGUAUACCAGACAGCGAUUCCUUAUAUUGCAGAUCGUAUUAGUUCACGAAUUGCUUCCCGUGGCAUUGCCCUCGCUGAUUCAGAGUUUGCGGAGAGUUAUGGUGAUAGUGCUAUCAGGAGCAGUAAUUCACAGGAGUCUGUGGCUAGUCCUUUAACAUCAGGACAACAUAGUACAACUCUUUCAAGAUUGAAGCAAAAACUGAGUGGUUUUUGGUUGCAUGUGGUUCAGCAAUGGCCUGCGAUGCUCCCUUUUGUGCGUGAAUUGAUACAGCUGGUUCUUCGUGCUAAUCUAAUGCUGUUCUACUUUGAAGGCCUUUAUUAUCAUAUAUCCAAGCGUGCUGCAGGCAUUCGUUAUGUCUUCAUUGGAAAACCAUCAAAUCAAAGACCCAGAUACCAAAUACUAGGAGUAUUUCUGCUGAUUCAACUUUGUGUAAUAGCUGUGGAACGGCUACGUCGAAGAAAUUUAUCUUCAAUUGCUGGCUCAGUUCAUCAGGCAUCCUUUGCAACCCAACAGAGAUCAGCAGGACAUGGUUUGCCUGUUCUGAAUGAAGAAGGUAAUCUGGCAUCUCUAGAUACUGACGAAGGAGGUUGGGUCUUUGAUUCUUCAUCUUCGGAGUAUGGAACUAGCAAAUGCACUCUCUGCCUAAGUAAUCGUCAACAUCCAACAGCUACAUCCUGUGGCCAUGUAUUUUGCUGGAACUGUAUCACAGAAUGGUGCAAUGAAAAGCCAGAAUGUCCUCUUUGCCGCACCCCAAUAACACAUUCAAGUCUAGUUUGUGUGUAUCAUUCAGACUUCUAGAGUAUGCAUUUCUUCAGCUGCAAUCUCUUGUAUAAAAGAGAGAGGAUAUAUCAUGAAAGGCAACAUUUUUCUUGUCUUGAAUCUUGCAAGGAUUUUAUUUUUUUAUUUAUUUAUAAUGAUGUCAUUACAAGGGAUACUUGGAUGUUCCUGGAGUAUGUUUAUGUUUAAUUAAUUGAAACAUUUACAACCACUCAAUUUAUGUGGUUUUUGUAUAACUACUAACAUUAAAAUGAAAAUAUAUGGUGGUUUAUGUUUG